AUGGGAAAUCAGAAGCUUAAAUGGACGGCGGAGGAGGAGAACACGUUACUCGCCGGAGUUGAGAAGCACGGUCCCGGAAAGUGGAAGAAUAUUCUCCGGGAUCCUGAAUUCGCUGAUCAGCUCGCUAAUCGCUCCAACAUCGACCUCAAGGAUAAAUGGCGUAAUCUAAGUGUUGCCCCUGGCAUUCAAGGCUCAAAGGAUAAAGUACGGACACCAAAAAUCAAAGCUGCUGCUUUUCAGCUGGCUAUCGAUGCAGCUGCUGCUUUCUUAACUCCAACUCCUAGUGCUAAGUCUUUUCCAGUUGCUCCCCUUCAUCGUAGUAGACCUUCUGAUUUGAGCAUUGAUGAAACUGCACUUGAUGCAAAGAAUGCUCCCAGGUAUGAUGGAAUGAUAUUCGAAGCUCUUUCAGCCUUGGCUGAUGAUAAUGGAUCUGAUGUCGGUGCCAUUUUCAACUUCAUUGAGCAGCAAAGACAUGAAGUGCCACCUAAUUUUAGAAGGAUCCUUAGUUCAAGAUUGAGGAGGCUUGCUGCUCAGAACAAACUUGUAAAGACACAGAACUUCUAUAAGAUGAAUGAUAAUAGCUUGGGAAUAAGAACACCACUUGCAGUGAGACCAAAAGAGAUCAAUGUGAAGCCCCGGCAGACAAGCAGUCAAGGAGCCGGUGUUUCACUGGAGAGGGUUAGCGAAGCUUCAGUAACCGCAGCUUAUAAGCUCGUGGAGGUAGAGAACAAAUUAGAUGUGGUCAAAGGAGCUGUAGAAGAGAUAGAUAGGAUGACAAAACUGGCAGAUCAAGCUGACUUAAUUCUACUGUUAGCGAAAGAGCUUCACGAAGAAUGUUCUGAGGGAAUGAUUGUGGAAUUGCCUUGA